UAACACUUCGUGAGGUGCCGGUUGUGCUGUAAGUCGGCGCGCUGGCACCAGUGAUUGAGAACCCGCCCCCGUCCAGAACCCUCUGCUGAGGCCACUCGCGCAGUCUCCAUGUCCAACACCAGCGCAACCGGCACUCAUCUCUAUCUUCACAAGGAGCCUCGUCAUCUGGUCGUCCUGCUUCCUCCACAUCUAUCACUCCCUCUGCACCUGAUUGCAGGUACACUUCCACAGGGAACCCAUCACCCAUUCCCCCCAUCGUUGUCUUCUCCAGAGCGCAGCACCAUUGGAUUAGAUGGUUGUUCCACUCCUCCACGCGCCAACACCCUGGAUCGCUUACGUUCUGGUCCACGCGAUGCAAUCCCAAUCGUCGGCAAGCCUCCACGCAAACAGCGCAGCAGCCGCUUCGUUGUCACUGAAAAGGUCGACAUUGAAAAAUUGCCUCACGCGUUCCCUACAGACCUGUAUCGCGCCAAACUCAACUUGUCCCCAGAACAACUCAUGCCUGCCCAUUUGACUCGCCUGCACGCGACCCCCCUUCCCAUAACCUUCGUCAUGUCACUUGCGCUUCCGCGACGCUAUCUCUCGCGUCCUUAUUCCCUGGCUGAACUCCGUCCGGUUCUUCGUUGGUCAAGUGACGCUCCUCGACAAAACCAUUGGCGUACAGUUCAUGUACAACCCAUAUGAUCCUGUCUCAGGCGUAAACGCUCUCCUUCCCCAUCGUCCACAUCACUCAGCGUUCACAGCCCACGUACGACACCUACUCACCUGGCGACCCGAUCAUGCUGCACCACCCGUCGUCGACGUUCCUUUCGCGAAGGCUAAAGAGGUGCGCCCACUCCAUUUUUACCACUCUCUUGGGUGUCUCA